AUUAAUCUGUGCGCGCGCGGCUGAGAGCGAGCGAGCGAGCGAUUGAGCGCGCGAGCCAGGAGAGACGCGCUCACUAAUCUCCAGGGAAACGGGCCCGUUCGGGGGGGGGAACAAAUAAUAAAAUAAAAUAAACCCGGUACCGAGUCAGCAGCAGAGUCCAACAGCAGAAGGAGAAGAGUUUGUGACAGAGACACAGUCGUGGAGGAUGAGCCUGCGCUCUGAAGCCGUGUAGACCCUGAGGGCAUUUUCCUGAGUGAGCUCUGACCCACGGAGCUCUUGCCCAUCGGGAGCACACGUGCAUGCCGGCGGGGUUGGAGGAGGGGGUGUGUGCGUCGUGCUCUGAGAGACCUGCGCGAGCCCCCGCUCCGUCCUGUCCCACUCGUCGUACCGGACCAAUGAGGUUCCACGCGAGCUGCUAAAUUGCAGUGCGAGCCCUCCAAGCCCGCACACUCCGCUUUUCUUUCUUUCUUUCUUUCUUUCUUUUUUUUUUCUUUCCCUCCCGAUGGACUGCAUGCAUUCAACACGGACUAGUAAAAUGCAUUGGAUCACUCUGCUGCUGGCCGGCUUCACUUUUUGGGGCAAAGUGUCCGUGUACAACUGUUUAGAUUACGAAGAGAGCUUCGAUUAUUAUGAAGAGGAGAAAACGGAGACCAUAGACUACAAAGAUCCCUGCAAAGCUGCGGUCUUCUGGGGAGACAUCGCCUUGGACGAGGAGGAUCUGAAAAUGUUUCAGGUCGACAGGACGAUAGACCUCGCUCGGCACCGGCACGCGAGGCAAGGCCACACGUCGGGUGGCGCAGAAGAGCACGACUCCACCAGAAAGCGAGGGCAGUUAUACCUCCUGCUAGAGAGAAUACGACGACUGGGUCUCGAACCAUCUAAGAACACAAGUAAGGAGGAGAGCUCGCGAGCUGGCUCAGUGGGCAGUGGGGAGAGAGAGAGAAGGGCGAGAGCGGGUAAAUCUCGCGUCCCACGAGCCGCCACUUCCAGAGCAGAGCGAAUCUGGCCCGGAGGUGUCAUCCCUUACAUUAUAGGAGGCAACUUCACCGGCAGUCAAAGAGCGAUGUUUAAGCAGGCCAUGAGACACUGGGAGAAACAGACCUGCGUGACCUUCGUUGAGAAAACAGACGAAGAGAGCUACAUCGUCUUCACGUACCGGCCGUGCGGAUGCUGUUCCUACGUGGGUCGUCGUGGUAACGGCCCUCAGGCCAUCUCCAUUGGGAAAAACUGCGACAAGUUUGGCAUCGUGGUUCACGAGCUGGGUCACGUGAUCGGAUUCUGGCACGAGCACACGAGGCCCGAUCGCGACGAUCACGUGACCAUCAUCCGGGACAACAUUCAGCCCGGUCAGGAAUAUAACUUUCUAAAGAUGGAGCCCGGCGAGGUGAACUCUCUCGGCGAGCCGUACGACUUCGACAGCAUCAUGCAUUACGCCAGAAACACUUUCUCCAGGGGAAUGUUUUUGGACACCAUCCUCCCUUCUCGUGACGAGAACGGCGUCCGGCCUGCGAUCGGCCAGAGAACCAGGCUCAGCAAAGGAGACAUUUCACAAGCCAAGAAACUCUACAGGUGUCCAGCUUGCGGCGAGACUUUGCAGGACUCGGCGGGAAACUUUUCGUCUCCCGGUUACCCGAACGGAUACCCUUCGUACACGCACUGCGUCUGGAGGAUCUCUGUCACACCCGGGGAGAAGAUAGUGCUCAACUUCACCACCAUGGACCUCUACAAGAGCAGUCUGUGCUGGUACGACUACAUCGAGGUGCGGGACGGGUAUUGGAGGAAAGCCCCUCUUCUUGGUCGUUUUUGCGGCGAUAAGAUUCCCGAAACGCUGAUCUCCACGGACAGCCGGAUGUGGAUCGAGUUUCGCAGCAGCAGUAACUGGGUGGGAAAAGGCUUCUCCGCCGUGUACGAAGCGGUUUGUGGCGGGGACGUCAAUAAAGACUCCGGACAGAUUCAGUCUCCAAACUACCCAGACGACUACAGGCCGUCUAAGGAGUGCGUGUGGCGGAUCAGCGUGUCUGAGGGCUACAGCGUGGGUCUCAGCUUUCAGGCCUUCGAGAUCGAGAGGCACGACAGCUGUGCGUACGACUAUCUGGAGGUGCGGGACGGCCUGUCUGAGAGCAGCCCACUGAUUGGUCGAUUCUGUGGCUAUGACAUCCCUGAAGACGUUCGCUCCACCUCCAACACGCUGUGGAUGAAAUUCGUCUCAGACGGAACGGUGAAUAAAGCCGGCUUCGCUGCAAAUUUCUUUAAAGAGGAGGACGAGUGCAUGAAGCCUGAUAACGGCGGCUGUGAGCAGAGGUGCGUGAACACAUUGGGGAGCUUCAAGUGCGCGUGUGACCCUGGAUACGAACUGGCCCCGGACAAAAAAAGCUGCGAAGCCGCAUGUGGAGGUCUGCUGUCCAAACUGAACGGCACCAUAACGACGCCAGGCUGGCCGAAAGAAUACCCGCCCAACAAGAACUGCGUUUGGCAAGUGGUGGCCCCCACGCAGUACCGCAUAUCCGUGCAGUUUGAGGCCUUUGAACUGGAAGGGAAUGAGGUGUGCAAGUACGACUUUGUGGAGGUGCGGAGCGGCCUCUCGUCCGACUCGAAGCUUCACGGGAAAUACUGCGGCACGGAAGUUCCCGAAGUCAUCACGUCCCAGUACAACAACAUGCGCAUCGAGUUUAAGUCGGACAACACCGUUUCAAAGAAAGGCUUCAAAGCGCACUUCUUUUCCGAUAAGGACGAGUGCUCGAAGGAUAACGGCGGAUGCCAACACGAGUGCAUCAACAUCAUCGGCAGCUACGUUUGCCAGUGUCGCAAUGGCUUUAUACUGCACGAGAACAAGCAUGACUGCAAAGAAGCGGAGUGUGAGCACAAGAUCCACAGCCCCACAGGCACCAUAAGUAGCCCCAACUGGCCCGAUAAGUACCCCAGCAGGAAGGAGUGUACCUGGGACAUCACUGCCACUCCAGGCCACCGUGUCAAAAUUUCGUUCAACGAGUUCGAGAUCGAGCAGCACCAGGAAUGCGCGUACGACCACCUGGAGGCCUUCGACGGCGACUCGGACAAGGCGCCCAUUUUGAGUCGGCUCUGCGGCAGCAAGCUUCCGGAGCCGCUCGUCUCGACGGGCAACAGGAUUUACCUCCGCUUCAUCUCCGACGCCUCGGUGCAGCGCAAGGGCUUCCACGCUACACACUCCACAGAGUGCGGAGGCAGGCUGAGGGCCGAGGCCAGGCAGAAGAACCUGUACUCUCACGCGCAGUUCGGAGACAAUAACUAUCCGGGCCACACGGACUGCGAGUGGCUGAUCACAGCCGAGGCGGGAUACAGCAUCGAGUUUACCUUCACCACCUUCGAGCUGGAGGAGGAAGCAGAGUGCGGAUAUGACUACAUCGAGCUGUACGACGGGCAGGACACGUCAGCACACAAACUAGGACGCUUCUGUGGUUCAGGGCCGCGUGAGGAGCUGUACUCAGCCACCGACGCCAUGCUGAUUCGCUUCCACAGCGAUGACACCAUCAGUAAGAAAGGCUUCCACAUCCGCUACAUCAGCACCAAGUUCCAGGAGGAGUUACACACGCACAAGUAACACACACAUACACACACACACACACACACACAUGCACAUACGCACACACACACACAGACUCACAAGCACCUCCAGGACAAAGGGUGCCACAGAUUGAAAAAAAAGGAGUUUGGCACACAAAAGCCCGAGAGUUUUCCUGCACUGAAUUUGCCUCCAUAUAUCAGCCACUAGGAGCGCGCUGUUCAUCAGACUCGAGGCAAGCUCCGCCCAUCUUGACUGACGCUCGGUCAGACCACGGCGGGCAGCCGUUUUCAAACUCCUGUCUUUAUCCCAUACACACACGAAUACACAAAACAAUAUUCUAAAAAGGUUCCUCUUCCAGAAGCGAAGCUUAUUGUAGAUGCUGCACAUGAAAAGACACUUAAAACAACGAGUAGGUCAUUUCCAAGCCUGUGAGAAAAGAAAAAAAACCCCUGUUGUUGUGUUACGUGUCAUGAUUUUUUUUUUUUUUUUAACAAGAUAAGGACAACAUGGGAAGUCCGCUUCCGAGCAACCAAGCUGCUGUUGCCACACCUUCACUGAAAAACGUGUGUGCAAUCGUCCGCAUGUUUUCAUUUAGGUGCGUGCACAUGCCUGUGGGAUUUUUCUUUAAAAAAAAAUAAUAAUAAAAAAAUGAUCAAAAAGAAUUCUUUAAUGUUAUGACGUCUGUGGCUGUUUACAUGUAACAAUAUAUAAUUUAUAUAUGAAUAUAAGGAAGUAUGCCGAGAUAAAGAAAUGAAAUCAUGUUUUUCAGUGUCAACACGCUUGUAAGAUCUACCAUCGUGUUUUUUUCCCCCAAUGUCAUUUCAGUGAUGAUUAAGAACACAGAGCUGUCGUGUAGUACUUUUUUUUUCUCACCCAGUCAAUGAAAUUUGUCUUGUUUGUUUAUGAGGGUGUACACAAGUGUUUUAUUACAAAAAAAAAAUGCUGUAAAGCAGAAGCGAAGCCUUGUAUGAAGUGUGCGUUACAGCUGUGAAAACGCCCGUAAUCCUGUGCGCUUAGCAUGCACUUAGCACAGAGGAUGAGGAAGAGAGACUCUAUCCAGCUGUGCGCUUAACUAUUCACUCUCUUCAAACGAACUCACUUUUUCAGUGUUGUUGGAGGCAACUGAACUUGAGUCGACUCUGUCGCAAGGAGUCGACUCGGAUCACAGGGAGUCAACUCAGUCACAAGGAGUCGAGUCAGGUCACAAGGAGUCGAUUCGGUCGCAGGGAGUCGACUCUGUGACAAGGAGUCGACUCGGAUCGCAGGAGGUCGACUCAGGUCACAAGGAGUCGAUUCGGUCGCAGGGAGUCGAUUCAUUCACAAGAACCUUUCCUGGGACGAUCAACGAGGCACAUUUUCCUGCGACUCCUAUUCAUUUCGAGAUUCAUUCUCCUCAAAACACAUGAGGCAAGCGGACGGCGAGGCGAUCGCUGUGGAAGGGAAAUCCUAAUGGUGCUACUCAGAGCUUCAGAGCCAUAGAUCCUGCGAGGCGACGAUCCAGACACUCGGUGUGUACUGUUCAUGAUUUACAGGCGGCGCUGAAGGAACGCUGCAACAUUAGCACACUCACAAUCAUUGACAGCGUCACUAUUGUGGACGAGCAACUAUGGCCUUAGAACCAAAAUGUAUAUUAUUGCACAUGUGGAUGUUUAUGUAGAUAAUGUUUGUUGUGUCAUUGUUAUUGUUUUUUUUUUAUUAUUAUUAUUAUUAUUAUUAUUAUUAAUGUAUUUUAUUUGAUAUUGAAUUUAAUGAACUUGAACAAUCCUCCUUAAAAAAACAAAAACAAA